GGUUCAAGGACGCUUCAUUCGUCUCUCAACCCGGGACCAAUGAAGCGCACACCACCCCCAUUCCUCUCUGUCUUCCUCUCCGUGAUUGUCACCGCGACGGCGCGAUGACGAUCCCGAGGAGCGAAGACAGAGAGCACUUCACCCUCCCGCACUCACCCGCUUUCCAGGGUUGUGACGUUUUCAGCACGACCCUGAAAAGUGUGAAUGGCGCAGACAUCACGGUUCGCUCAGCGUCGUUGCCGCAACUGACGAUGAAGAUCCCGCGAUCCAAGGUAUACCGUAAGACAUCUCUCAAAAGCCUGUUUCUUAAGUGCGAAGUUGACGUCGGCGCCAGUGGUAACGGCGCCAUCGAGAGGAACGGCGUUGUGCGAUACAUGAGCGUCGCCGCGGAAAAGAAGCAAAAGAGGAAGAAUUUCGCGGACAGAGAUGUCGACGCGGUCGCGAGAUGCGAGAACAAGUGGGGUCUCGAAGACAUCCACAUCACAUGCAAUCCCAUGUCGACGCCGUAUCCAUACUCGACGCCGACAGCGACCACCACAACGACGACCACCACCGUCACCACCAAGACGACGUCGACGUCGACGACGGCGGUAGAGAGCGACGAGGAGCCGAAGAGCCGCAGCUGCGGUAGCUUUCUACCGAUACUCGCUCUGAUCCCGCACUCGGUCAUCAGUUUUCAGUAUCUCAGCCCGAAGAUGAAGUUCUCGUGGUGGCGGAACAAGAUCUCGUGAAGACACGCGUAGGCGCCCACCGUCGUCGCCGUCGACGUUGUGCGUCGCGACGCCACCCCGACUUGUUUUAUGAGGAGACACACCUCUCUUACCUCGUAGCGAGCUCUCUUUCCUUCCUCCCUCUCAUCUCUGUCUCUCUUGGCUUAUAUACAUAUAUAUUUCUCUCUCUUUCUAUUUCUAUGUAUCUCACUUCUGGCCAGUCUUCAUCAAUUAGAGAAAUCCUUAAAGCAUCAUUAUCUCGCAAGUCUACCUAUAUUAGCAGUUAACGUAUUGGAAUGCGUAAGCUGUUACUAGUUGUAACUUUCGCAGUUACGAAAUUUCCAUUGUCGCAAAGAUGCAUACUUCGUUAAUGUGACCGCAUUAAAGUGCGUAACAUUUUCACGAUAGUUCUCUGACAAGUUUCCGUGCGUGGUAACGAGGUUUGGUUCCACAAAAUGUUUUCAAAUAUCUAACAAUUUUGAUAUAACGUGAAGAUGCGACUGUUCAAGACUCAAGACCUAACGGUUUCUAAAAUUGAGUGGAAUUUAAGACCUAAGGAACCAAACUGACUUUCUACGGGAAAACACUGUAACUUUUGUAACAACAACAAUCUCCUAAUUCUUUCAACUCGCCGAAGAAAAAUGUACGGUGUUUAUUACAUAUGCACACGGCGCCGGAUCCUCUAGUCGAUCAAAGUUCCUCCGUCGUAUGAUGCGCUUUUGAUUUGUAUUUUUUCCAAAAUCCGCUCGGGGGAAAAACGUCGUAUUCAGUCCCCCCAUAGUCUUUGCUCUAGGAGAUAUCUAAACAGAUAUCGAACAUUUCAGAACCCAAAUUUUGUGCCAUUUCAGACCGAGCAAUCGUGCUUAACGAUACAAGUUUUUGUUUUUUUUUUUGCAUCUGCGCUCGUUCUUUUUUUUCUUCUCGUCGAAAAUAUAGAAGUAUUCUAAGAUCCUAGAGUAUUUAAGUUAGACACAAAAAUUCUCUGUAACCAAGAAUCUAAAGAUCGUAGAACCUAAGGAUCCACAGUUCCUAGAAUCUAACACCUAACGAUCCAAAGACCUUAGAAUCUAAGCACGCAAAGAUCGUAGAACGUAAGGAUUCAAAGAUUCUUAAAAUUUAAAGAUAUACUUCAACGUUGUUAGAACGUAAAGAGCCAGGCUAUUUCGCGAGGAUGCAAGCAUAAAAUCGAGCAUUCUCGAAGAUUCUAGAAUGUAAGGAUUUAAAAGAGACAUUAUAUAAAAUCUAAGCGUCUAACGAUCGGACAUAAUAUAUCCCCUCGAUUAAUUGGUUUCUUUCGGCGAACUUUCUUAAUUAUAGGCGAGCGCCGUUGCGGGCACAAUCAAUUGUCGAGAUAUAUAGCCGAGAAUAUAUCCAUAAAAACAAAUAAAAAGGAAGAUUAUGUCGAGAAAGUUUUACGUUACGUAAGAUUUAAAAUAUAUUGGAGAGAAGAAGUAAUAGUUGGAUGUUUCGACGACUGAUCUUUGAAUUCUCUGUUGAGAGAAGUCGAUCGAGCCACGCUGGAAGUAAAAAAAAAACAAAAAAAAAAAGAUAUUUGUCGUCUAUUUUGCUACACUGUACGCGCCAGCAUCAACGUCGCGUGAGUAUCACGCGAGUGAAGGGCGAUGAAAAUUGAUCUCAUCGUCGAUCGUCCCCGGUUCGCGAUCAGGAACGGUUGUGCAAGCGGUUGUGUCGGUAUGUCUGUCAACCGAAAUAGAGAGACCCGUGCAUCGCAAUGCGAAAGAUCUAGUAUAAAUUGCCAGGCGACGAACGUCGCGGUGGAACAACAAUUAACGUUUAUGUUUUUAUCACCUUAUUUUUAUGUUUACGUUUUUUUUUCCGUUUUACGUUAGUCAGCGUAGUAAUCAUUUUUCUAAACGAAAAGAGACGACGAGUCGUGUAUGAGACAUUUGUUUCGCUCGUAGCUCUCGGCGAUUCUCGCACCCGAGUCGGUCCGAUUAUUAUUUUUUACGCUAGAUCGAUUAGCAAACCCGAUGGACUCUUGGUCUCUUAAUCGACGAUCUUGGUUCCUUGUCUUUUUCUUUUCCCUUUUUUUUACGGAAUCAUACAACAGAAUGAUACGUUACUGUUGCUGCAACGAUAGGCUCAAAAUUAUCGUUUGUAGAGCAACAAUUUCGUCUCCUGUAUGCUUUCCGAUUUUAAUAAAUCAUUUUCGUAAACACGCA